AUGGGGAAGCAAUCAUCUUCCUUGGUUUACCAAAUAUUUCAGCAUCGAUUCCCAGCAACAUUCAAAGGGUUUUUCUAUUUUUUACCAAUAAGUUUAGCGCUAACUACACUUCUUCUCAUUUUCAUUUACAUUUCCACAACUGCAAAUGUCACUAAAACCCAUUCCCAAACCACUCUUUACCUUCAAACUUUGCCUUCUUUGAUUAAUAAUAUUGAUCAAACCAGUAAUCUCCCCAUCGUUCCAUUUGAAGAUAAUGAAGAUGAUAAUGAUAAUUUGUUUGCUGAUCCUUCCAGAACUGCUCGUCUGUCUAGGGCGAGUCAAUGGCUUCUUGGAAAUAUUUUCGGCCUAAUUGAUGGAAAUGAUACAAAUAAUAAAGAAGCCUACCAUGAUGGUGAUAUCUUCUUACAAGACUACAAACAAAUGAACAAAAGCUUGAAGAUCUAUGUUUAUCCUCACAGCAAAGAUGAUCCUUUUGCAAAUGUGUUAUUGCCUCCGGAUACUGACUGCAAAGGCAACUACGCAAGCGAGCUGAUGUUCAAGAAAGCUUUGAUGGAAUCCCAUUUCGUCACCAAAGAUCCCAAUGAAGCCCAUCUUUUCUACAUGCCUUUCUCCAUCUCUUCUAUGAGGAGCGAUCCCAGGAUCGAUGUUCACGGCAUCCCCGAUUUCGUUCAGAAUUAUAUCUCCAAUAUUACCCUUAAAUAUCCUUACUGGAAUCGGACCGGUGGAGCCGAUCAUUUCUAUGUUGCUUGCCAUUCUAUAGGAAAGAUUGCAUUUAAGAAGGCGUUCGUAGCAAGACUCAAUGUUAUUCAACUCGUUUGCUCUUCAACUUAUUUUCCCUCAUCGUAUCUUCCUCACAAGGAUGCUUCUCUGCCUCAAGUUUGGCCUCGAGGAGGCGACCCUCCCAACCUUCUUACAUCGCAGAGGAAGAGGCUUGCAUUUUUCGCCGGAGCAGUGAACUCUCCGGUACGAAUAGCUCUUCUCAAAGUGUGGGAAAAUGACACUGAAAUUUUCGCCCACUUCGGCCGCCUCAACACCCCAUACUACGAGCAAUUCCUCGGAAGCAAGUUUUGCAUCCAUGUCAAAGGCUUUGAGGUAAACACGGCGCGCGUGGCCGACGCUCUAUUCUAUGGUUGCGUCCCUAUAAUUUUAGCCAACCAUUACGACCUACCGUUCACCGAUAUAUUGAACUGGAAAAGCUUCUCGGUCGUGGUUCACCAUAUCGAUAUCCCGGUUUUGAAGAAAAUACUUCAAGGAAUAAGCAACGAAGAGUUCGCGAUGCUACAAAGCAAUGCGCUGAGAGUUCGUAAACAUUUCCAAUGGCAUACUCCCCCCAUUGAUUUCGAUGCGUUUCAUAUGUCCAUGUAUGAGUUAUGGAAACGUCGAGGUGUUGUGAGGGUUAGGUUAACCCCUUCCAUGGAGUUUAUGUAG